AUGGAUUACGUGGCUCUCCCCAAAAUCGAGUUGCACGCCCAUCUCACGGGCAGCGUCUCGCGCGACACUCUGCACCAGAUAUGGCUGCGGAAGCACGCCGCCGGAGAGACGGACCUGGAAGACCCGCUCAAGGUCAUGCCCGAGGGCAAGCAUGAUUACAAUCUCGAGACCUUUUUCCCGCUCUUUGGCAGCUACAUCUACGCGCUGCUGACGGACGAGGCCUCGAUCCGGCACGCCGCGACGUCGGUGCUCGAGCACUUCCUCGCCGACGGCGUCGUCUACCUCGAGCUGCGCACCACGCCCCGCGCGGCGGGCAGCCUGUCGGCCGAGGCCCACGUGCGCCUGCUGCUCGACGUCAUUGCCGGCUUCGAGGCCGCCCACGGCGACGCCAUGCACACGCGCCUCAUCCUCUCCAUCGACCGGCGCCACGCCCUCGACACGGCAGAGUCCAUCGCCGCUCUCGCCGCCCGCCUGCGCGCCGAGGGCGGCGUCGGCGGCGGCCGCGUCGUGGGGCUGGAUCUAUGCGGCGACCCGACGGCCCGCCCGGCCGGUGCCGUCGGCCUCUUUACCCCCGUCUUCGAGCGUGCCUCGAGCCAGGGCCUCGGCGUCACGGUCCACUUUGCCGAGGCAGAGGCCAGUGCCUCGCCCGAGGAGCUGCGCAUCUUGCUGGCGUGGAGGCCUGCCCGGCUGGGCCAUGUCAUCUGGGAGGACGACGAGUCGAGGAGGGAGAUUGCCCGCCGCGGGCUGUGUCUCGAGCUGUGCCUGAGCUGCAACGUCAAGGCCGGCAUGAUCCGGGGGGGCUUUGAGAGCCACCACCUCAAGCACUGGAUGGGCGUCGACGGACCCAAGAUAUCUCUGGGCACCGACGACGUGGGCGUCUUUGGCAGCCCCCUGUCCAACGAGUACCGCCUCGUCGCCCAGCACUUCAACCUCGACCGGCCCCGCAUCUGCGCCCUCGCCCGCCAGGGCAUCGACGCCAUCUUUGGCGGCGACAAGGAGAAGCAGCGGCUGCGGGACAUCAUGUGGACGUAA